UCUCUCUCUCUCUCUCGUUUUUACUCUUCUUCUCUUAUUGUCUCUUCUUUAACAGCUUUUAAAUACAUCACCUUUUUUCUCUUCACACAAUAAAAUCUCCAAGGUAAAGGAAGCAAGGAAAAUCAAGAGAGAAAAAGAAAAGCGUCCUCUACGUACUAUUACUAUUACUACUAUAUCCACCAUGUUCUUUCCUAUGGUGGUUCUCAGGUUAGUAGACUGGAUCUUAUACCAGCUCUUGGCUAACUCAUGUUACAGAGCCUUGAGAAAGAUGAGAAGAAAGUUGUACGCUCUCCGGUCACCACAACAACAGCAGCAGCAGCCUCAUCCUCUCUUCCCCACCAUAACCAAGUGUGGUCUCGACUCCAGAGGAUCACAAACUUUGGUCUCUGACUUCCAUGGAGUUCUCUUGAGCUCGCACUCUUUCUUCCCUUACUUCAUGCUGGUCGCCUUCGAAGGUGGUGGGAUUUUCAGGGCCUUUGUUCUCCUCUUGUCGUGUUCCUUUUUGUGGGUCUUGGACUAUGAGAUGAAGCUCAAGGCCAUGAUCUUCAUAUCCUUUUUUGGUCUUAAGACGAAGGACAUGGACAACGUUAGCCGAGCAGUUCUGCCCAAGUUUUAUCUCGAGAAUCUUAAUCUCGAGGCGUAUGAGGUUUUGGCCUCGGCGGGCACUAAAACUGUGCUUACGAGUCUUCCCAGGGUCAUGGUUGAGGGUUUUCUUAAGGAGUAUUUGAGUGUCGAUGACGUUUUUGGAACCGAGUUAGAGGUUAAUGGGAAACGAUUCAGUGGUUUUGUUUCUGAACCUGGUUUACUCGUCAAGCAUAGAGCUUUGAAGGAGCAUUUUGGUGAUAAAAAGCCUGAUAUUGGGCUCGGAACUCCCAGCUUUCAUGACCAACUCAUUCUAACACUAUGCAAGGAGGGUUACAUAGUGAACGUGAAAGAAGCUGACAGCAAAAGUAAUGGUAAAGUAAUGACUAGGGAAAAGUACCCCAAACCACUUAUUUUCCAUGAUGGGAGACUAGCCUUCUUGCCCACGCCGGCUGCGACUCUUGUCAUGUUCCUAUGGCUUCCCUUGGGAGUCAUUCUAGCCAUAUUUCGAAUCUCAGUGGGGUUCCUUCCUUUCCAGAUAGGAACCCCUCUGGGCAUUGCAGCUGGCGUUGACUUAACGGUCAAAGGAGGCACCCAUUGGAAAACAAAUGAUCCUCAAAACAGCAAGAAGGGAAUCCUCUACGUGUGCAACCACAGAACUCUCGUCGACCCAGUUUUCAUCAGCAUCUCAUUGGCCAAGCCCGUCACCGCUGUGACCUACAGUCUUAGCAAGAUGUCUGAGUUCAUAUCCACCAUCAGAACCGUGAGGUUGACUAGGGAUAGAGAGCAAGAUGGUUUGACCAUGAAGAGAAUCCUUGGCCAAGGUGAUUUGGUGGUUUGCCCUGAAGGAACUACCUGUAGAGAGCCCUAUUUGUUGAGGUUUAGCUCUUUGUUUGCCGAGUUAAGCGACGACAUUGUCCCUGUGGCUGUCACCACAAAGGCCACCAUGUUUUAUGGAACUACAGCUAGUGGACUCAAAUGGUUGGACCCAUUUUUCUUCUUCAUGAACCCUAGACCUGGCUAUAUCGUUCAUUUUCUCGGGAAAGUUCCCAAACAGAUGACUUGUGGGGAUGGAAGAUCGAGCUGCGAGGUAGCUAAUUACAUACAAAAACAACUGGCUGAUACUUUGGGGUUUGAAUGUACUAGUCUUACUAGGAGAGACAAGUACUUGAUGUUAGCCGGUAAUGAAGGAAUAGUCGGUGAUAAUAAGAAAAAGAAACCUUCCUACUUCUAGUGAUGGAAAAAAACUAAAAAUAAGAUGUUUUUACUUUUGUAUUCCCAUCUUAUGAUAUUAAUUACGUAUAUAUUUAUAAAUAUAUGUAUUUAGUUUAUUAAUUACUACAUUGUGUAUGUUUUUGGAAAGGUUGAUGAGGACCAUGUAUUUUUCUUA